CAAGUUGGGGGCACUGCCUCGAAAAGACAGGGGUGCGGGGAGAGCACUCGACAACUUUUCAGCACUGCUUGCAGUGUGUUGACCUAGAUAAAACUCAGAAAAAGCUGGGCAACGGACCCAAGCACAAAACCUGGCUCAGAGCUUGGGUAUUUAACAGGCAACGGACAAACUAGCUUUUAUUUUUCCUGGGCAAAAUAGAUUCCCUAAACAAGCAGGGAUCAGGAAAAGGGGAUAUGAUGUGGCCCAACUUUUUCCUUCAGGACCGGGAGCAACGCAUAGCUAUGCGCAGGCGGGGGGACACCCAACGGCAGAAAGUUCUGACGGACGAGCAGGAAGGCAAGAUCAAGCUGGCAUUCUUUGUGGCCAUCGUGGGGAUGACCCUGACGGUGUUGGCGGUAGGCACAGAAUUCUGGGUGGAACUCAACACCUACAAGCAGAACCACUCCGCCAUCUGCGAGGCCGCCCAUUUCGGCUUGUGGAAAUUCUGCUACAAGAAACUCUGGGUCUACGAUGUGGGAGAAGAGAGAGACACCUGCGGGCCUGCGGAGCUGCCUGGUGAAGCUAAUUGUUCUUAUUUCAAAUUCUUCACUACUGGCGAGAAUGCCAACAUCUUCCUAAGGACUACAAAAAAGGAACUGAACAUCACGGCAGCCGUUGUGUCCCUCCUCAGCAUCACCUUGAUGGCCAUGGGAUCCCUCUGUAUCACAAUGGCCCUGAGCAAAGGAGUCGAGUUCCUCCUGAAGCCAGCAUCAUGCUUCUUUAUAAUAUCAGGACUGAUGGUGUUGGUUACUUUGGAGAUUUUCCGACAAUCGGUACGGUGGCUGAUCACCUCCAAUGACACCAUCCCACUAGAAUAUGAGUAUUCCUGGUCUGUGGCUUGUGCAGUGUCUGCAGGGGCAAUUCUGAUAUUUGGGGGAGCCUGCUUCAUCUUAUUGUCUAUCCCAGAUUUGUCCAAAAAGCCUUGGGAAUAUUGCAUCAGAAAGAGAAGCACCAGUGACCAUACUUCUUAAUGUUGGAGGAAAAAUUAAAAUCUCUCUAACUUUCAUUCUGCAACCUUUUACACAGAGAGGUGGAAAGAAUCAAUCUUCCCUAUUCUACCCCCUGCCCUAUUUCCCAAGUUUCUGGACACACUUUUCUUCCCUAUUUUGUGACUUGUAAAUAGAACCAGUUGUGCUUGGCUUGUCUUGUUUUAAUUUGGGGUGGGGGAGCAAGGGAGGGGGGACUGCAAAAAAAAAGGCUCCAUUGAUGAACAAGGGACAGCUGUGUUAGUGAACAGAGACACUAACAAAUCGAGGGAGGAUAAAGGCCUGUAUUUAAAACCCAGUUUUUAUAAAUAGAUAUUUUUAGCUUAACAAGAGGACUUGUGUCUUGAAAGUCUUUUAAAUUCACACCGAGGUCAGACAACAAAAUCUUAUGUCAAUUUUCCACCUUAGCCAAGUUUCACCCGAAACAAAAAUUACAAUUCUUCUGUUGGAAAAUUGAAAGAGCACGAAAAGAACAAAAGAAUCUUGCAAUUUGGCUUACAUGUUUUACUUUUUUGCAUACCCUACAGAUUCACCCCAAAUAUGAUCUGGUCCUUUGAGAAUGAAAGGGAGACACCAAAAUUACCAACCUAACUUUCCAAACCAUGGAUAAAUUCUUAACCUACCAUUUGGGUAAUGUGAAAAGAAUUCAUAAGACUUUUGUUCAGAUGAAUUUCCAUCCAGCAUCCUGCCAGAUUAACUAGCUAAAAUCUACAACAGUGAAAUCAAUGGACAGGCAGAAUUUUCAAAACUCAUUUUUUUCUCCCCCCAAUUAAGUAUUAUAUAUAAAAAAUGUAUCUCUUGAAACUUUUCCAGUGAAUAAUGCUUCUAGGAGCAGAGUCCAGCUGAUUAAGCUAACAUGAAUUGCAGUUCUCUGCUCAGAGAAGGCACACACAGACAGUGUAGGGAAACCACUUAUAGCAGGAACUUUCUUGAUUUAAGAGUAACUUUUGAAGGGAAGUGGAGAGAAAGUUGCAAGCAGCUACAGGUUUACAACAUGAAUUUAUAUGUUGAUGCCUAACCAGUAUCCUUUGUCUGCUCUAGACACCAUAGCCAUUCUCCAGUGACAAUGUUUAUCUUCUUGAUAUGAUGGUGGUUUAAAGCACUUGGAGGCAGUCAUGUCAGCUGGGGAAUUCUGGGAAGUUGAAAUCGACACAGCUGAAAAUUGCUGAAAUUGAGAAAGACUGUUUUAAAACACCCAUGACUACGAUGUAGAAAUGAGCCACUAAGAAAUUUCUAUUGGACUUUGCCAUUUGUGAUGAUUUUCCUCAAAAUCCACAUAUUGCCUUGGAUUAACAGGGAUUAAUGCAACCAUGAGUGUUGGAAAGGACUGCAAACCAAGUUGCUUUGAUGAAGGAAGGCAGAGUUUUUCAGCCACACUGGCUGGGGAAUUCUGGGAGUUGAAGUGCAGCCGUCUUAAAGUUACCAAGGUUGAGAAACACUGAAAUAAGAAAUAAAGACGCAUGGAUGAUGUUUCUCUUCACUGCCUCAAUUUGUUCCAAAGAUAACCUCUGUUUUUAUGGAGACAGAAAGGACCAUUCCCAUGUCUUUUACCUUGCCUUGCUUUGCUUUGCUGUAUUUGGGGAAUGGGAGAGAGGGUGACAAAAUUAUUUGGGGGAGGGCAGGAAAUCAUACCUUUUUAUUUCCCAGAGCCCUGCUCUGUUUUUUGCAAAACUAAUUAAAUGUUUGAAGGACACCAUAAUAGUGGAUGGUAUUUGUGGUAAAUCAUACCCUGUUACAGAUGGUGUAGAAAGCAGAAUCAAUAAGAUGAUUCUACAGAAUAAUUCAAGGGGAUAGGUGGUUUUAUAGAAAUAAUUUCUUUUUUCUUGAAUUGCUAGACCAGAUUUCAUCAAUCUUUAGUCAAAACUUGCCAAAACCAGAAAAAAAUUCAUUUUCCCAGAUUUUUUUUACCAUAUAUUGAAGUUCUUUGAUGGGACAAUAUUAACUGUGAAUUAAUUUUGAACUAUAUUCUGGGGCACAACUAGAAGCCAUUAAAGAGAAAGCCACUCAAGAAAGAGUGCAGAGAAGAGCAACAAAGAUGAUUAGGGGACUGGAGGAUAAAACAUAUGAAGAACGGUUGCAGGAACUGGGUAUGUCUAGUUUAACAAAAAGAAGGACUAGGGGAGACAUGAUAGCAGUGUUCCAAUAUCUCAGGGGCUGCCACAGAGAAGUGGGAGUAGGGCUGUUCUCCAGAGCACCUGAGGGUAGAACAAGAAGCAAUGGGUGGAAACUGAUCAAGGAAAGAAGCAACUUAGAACUAAGGAGAAAUUUCCUGACAGUUAGAACAAUUAAUAAGUGGAACGACUUGCCUUCAGAAGUUGUGAAUGCUCCAACACUGGAAAUUUUUAAGAAAAUGUUGGAUAACCAUCUGACUGAGAUGGUGUAGGGUUUCCUGCCUGGGCAGGGGGUUGGACUAGAAGGCCUCCAAGGUCCCUUCCAACUCUGAUGUUAUGUUAUGUUAAAUAUUCAGCUGCGGUCGGGUGUCUGCAAGAUAUGGUCAAAGAGAAGAACAGCAAUGGUGCAAUUUAAGCUCUGCUUUUUUUAAAAAAGUGAGAGGAAUUUUAAUCACAACAUUGGACCAACAUCUUGGCUUUGUUGUUAUUAUUUAUCAUCACACAGUCAGCCAGAUAUUUAGACUGGAUUUGGCAUCUUUAUCUAUCGAGUCCCUCCCAAGGGCAGAUUUGAAGGUAUUAAAGGUAUCAUCACAAGAUAUAAACUGCUCCAUGUAAAGCUGCCUUUUGCAAUUGACUGACGGCAAUUUUAUCAAUGACGAUGGUAUUCAGGUGAUAUUAUUAUUAUUAUUAUUAUUAUUAUUAUUAUUAUUAUUAUUAUUAUUAUUAUUAUUAUUAUUAUUAUUAUUUACCUAAUAUAACAUGCUAGCAUCCCUGCAUACUUUCCAUCGCAUAUUAAUUUAGAUGUAGUCUUUUAAAAGUCAGUUUUCAAUCUAUUCGUUGUAUCUCCAAGUCAUUAUAAGACAAUUUAAACCAAUCUACGUGAAAUAUAAUGCAAACAAGUUGUUUUAAGAGACUUUUCUUCAUUAUUUAGGGCUGAGGCCUAGAAAAAGCCCAGAGAUUGGGGCAUAAAAAGCAGAGGUCUGUAAUCUUGUGAGAUAACAGAAGAAGGGAAAAAUGUCAAGGCACAAAAUUACAUCCAGGUUUUCUCCAGCUGGCCUUAUGCAAGGUGCAAGGAGCUCAGCUUCUAUUCCUCCUUGUCAGCAUCUCAGUCCUGGGACAGGGCGUCCCACGGCAAGGGUCCUCCAGCAACGCUUACGACUCUCUCCUCAGUUAUUCUCGUUCUGCUCUGGGCCUCUCCAGUUACAUGCUGGGAUGUAAACAGUGCCCUGGUCUCUUUUCUUGGUCUCUACAGAGUUUUGCAUAGCAAGGAAACAACUUGUCACAAAAAGACAAGCUCAAAGUCCUGCUUCUAAGCAACCACCAGCUUUCUCUUUAACCUGGAUUCCCCUACAAGGGGGGCUUGAAUGGGCAUUCUCCAAAAACAGUUUCCCCUUGCUUUUUAAGGAUACAGCGAUGUGAAAUCAUCCACCUUCUUAUUCAGGCUUAAAGAUACAAUAAUCUGGUCUGUGAACGACAAUUUUUUUAAAUUGUAGCUGUAAGGCUACUGCCUUGAAGCCAGAAUAAACCAGUGGCUAAACAGUAUUUCUUCCAGCUGGCUAAACAAGCAAUGCCAAAAUGGGUGCCCCUCUCCCCAGCCUGGCCUCACACCCAGUUAUUUUUGCAGCAGAAAAGCAACAACAAGCAUUUUUUUAAAAAGCAGGUCGCUAUUUGUAAAGCUGCUCGAAAGCCCAAUGCCAGGACAUCGGAGCACA